AUGAGAAUCAUCAUCCAGUUGAGUCUGUUGGCAAGCCUCGGUGCAGCUACAAGUGAUGCUUAUCUUGCUCGCGCUGCUCCAAAAUGCUCCGAUCCGGCUUCAACUCUGUCGCUGACUGACCUCCCGUACCACAACUACUUCUACUCGGAUUGCAAUGUUGCCGCUCAGGCAGUGGUUACCACCCCGCAGCAAGACAGCGACCUAUCCAUCAUCGGUCCUCGACUCAUCAUCGCCUGGCCAGCUGGAGAUAGCGGCGCAUGCAUGUUCUUUGAGCCGCGAGGUAGUCCGAACGGCACACUAGCUAUCGAACUGGUUAAUUCAACCAUCGGCGCCCCUCUAGGACCAGUAUAUUCCGCUCCAAAGCCACCAGGCAAGAAUCCCAGUGUUGGAGCUCAGAGUGUUCUCCGCUUUAACGCCACUGCAACACUGAACCUCUCAAUUCUGGGAAGUAUUCGCACUAUCCGAGACUUUGUCGAAGGGCCUAGCCUUCUACACCCAGAGCUCCAAGAUACUAUCAAAUUUAUCUCUGACAAUACAGGCGUAUCGCUGCAAAGAACAUGGCUUGACAAUGUGACCACAACGAAGUUGCACUUCAAACCGUUCGGCAACUCAUCUUCGAACAGCAAUGGUCAAGUGAGACUAUCCAAUAAAACUGUCACCUUCGGCGCAGGUGAUUACAUUAUGUCGGCCAGCAUCAACUAUCCUCAAUUGACGGCCCUCAAGCCCAAGUCUGUGUUGAAUACAGCUUCCAAAACCCUGGCAGCAGAACAGCCUGCUCAAGCUGCGGCGCUGUCAUUCCUAUCCUACUCGGAAAAGCUGAUGGCUGGUGCAUGGCGCUUUUUGACUUAUUUCGGUCGUGACUCUAUGAUAUCUGCACUGCUUCUCCAACCUGUCCUGAGCGACGGUCAAGGAAGUGCUAUGGAGGCUGUCAUUGGAGCUGUUCUGGAGCGAGUCAACAGGACAGAUGGAACUGUCUGUCAUGAGGAGACUGUCGGAGACUAUGCGACUUGGACAAACGCACAAAAGGGUCUCAAUAGUAGCGCCAUGGGCUGUGAUUAUAAGAUGGUCAGCAUAUACUCAUCAUCGAUCCAUGUGGCAAUACUAACGUAUUUUCAACAGAUUGACACCGACUAUUUCCUCCCUGUUUUGAUGGAACGGUACCUGGUACAGAAUCCUGUCGGGAAGAAUAGAUCUUUUUCCUUCCUCAAUACCACUGCAGGGACCAUCAAUCUCGCAAAUGCAAACCUGACAUGGGGUGACCUUGCAUUGAUCAGUUCGGAGAGAGUUAUGCGUCUUGCGCGUCCCUUCUUUCUCGAUCAGACAAAGGCAAACCUCAUCCGCCUCAAUGAGGGUGAGGUGGUCGGAGAAUGGCGGGAUAGCACUUAUGGUCUCGGCGGCGGCCAAAUUCCUUACGAUGUGAAUACUGCUCUCGUACCAGCUGCUCUGCGUGCAAUUGGGACUCUCGCCCGCUCUGGUCUCUACCCCAAACAGCGACACUGGUCGACCCUGGCCGACAAAUAUGCCAAAGUAUGGGAAGACUCAACACUCUCCUUCUUCGCCGUCGAAAUUCCCAAGGAAAGGGCUCAAUCCCUCGUUCAAAGCUACGCCAAGUCCCAUUUCCCCGGCCCCAGUCAAGCAGACAGCAUAGACAGUGCUGUUCAUUUCCAUGCAGUGGCUCUAGAAGGCAGCAACAAUCUAUCAAAAGUCGAAGUCAUGAACACAGACGACUGCUUCCGACACUUCCUGCUAAACACCACGAAUGACGCACAACUUACUCCAUUCUUGAACCAAUCUGCCAACAACAUCAAGCGCACAUUCCCGGCUGGUCUGAUGACAGAUGCUGGAAUGAUUGUUGCCAAUCCUGCCUUUGGGAACGACCCCAUCUAUGCACAGAACUUCACCACUGGCGCCUACCACGGAACUGUGAUUUGGUCUUGGCAGCUAGCCAUGAUGGCCAAGGGGCUCGAGAUGCAAUUGGGCAGGUGUGAGGUUCAGUCGAACUUCUCUGUCGGCUCUCGAAUCCGAGGCCGUCAAAACUCUGUUCCCUCGCCUGUCCCAGCCUUUUGUACUGAUGACUCUGUCUAUUAUAAUGUCAAGGAUGCAUAUAAUCUUCUUUGGGAUUCUAUCGAGGCCAACUCGGAGCAGCUUUCGGCUGAAGUCUGGUCUUGGGUGUAUCGUGUGGGAAAGUUUGUCACUACGCCUUUGGGGGUUUUGCCUGCGCCACCGGGGGUUGGUGGUCAAACUGAAUCCAACAUCAGACAGCUGUGGUCCCUUACCUUUUUGGCUGUUAACAGAAAUGAGAACUAUCGGUAA